GCCCGAGAGGAGGAGGAGGAGGAGGAGGAGGACCAGCCCCGCCGCCCUCUCCAUUGUCUUCAGCAUCCUCCAGCAGCCGCUGCCUGGAGCCAUCCGACCCCUCCCGUCUCCUGCCUCCGAGCAGGCCUGCACGUCCAACCAUGCACACUCCCGACUGAAUGCAAGCCAGCCAGUGGGGAGGGGCAGCUGGGGGAGCUGCUCCAUGCAAACAAUUUCUUGCCCCUUGGGGAAUAUCUCAAAUCUGCCACCCUCCUUGUGGGAGAAAUUCUGUCCAGCCCACGCCUGAGAAGAUGAAGAUGUUGUAAGCAGCCACUGAGCGUCGCCUCGGCUCUCGGGGAGGGGGGGACGGGGGAGCCAGAAGGACCUUCGUGGACUCUGUUUGGGGGUACGUGUUCCAGGUAGGAGGCCCCCCCUCAGUCCCCGUGGGCUCCUUUGUUGUUGAGGAGAGACCCCCUUCUUCUCUGGAUCCCGCUCCGUUCUGCCCAUCCUCCCUCACAGCCGGAAGCCCUCCCAUAAAUGUGGAUCUGAGGGUGUCCCAAAGGGGGCGCCAUUUGCCUCAAGGAAGACAGAAGGGUUGCCAUGGCGAAACUGGUGUGUCUGCUGCCCUUGGUGUUGCUGGUGGCCUCUAUGCUGAGCUCAGGGGCAGGCGGAGCGGCCCUGGAGUUUGGGGGCGCGACGGGCCAGUGGGCUCGCUACGCCCGAUGGGAUGCCAGCUCCUCAGGGGAGCUGAGCUUCAGCCUCAAGACCAAUGUGUCACGGGCACUGGUUCUAUAUCUUGAUGAUGGCGGCAACUGUGACUUCCUGGAGCUGCUCAUCUUGGAAGGGCGGUUCCGCCUGCGCUUCACCAUCUCCUGUGCUGAGCCUGCCAGCCUGCACCUGGAGACGCCCAUCAACGACGACCGCUGGCACAUGGUGCUCCUGACACGCAACUACCGUGAGACCAUGCUAGUGGUGGAUGGCGAGGCCCGCGUGGCAGAGGUCAAGUCCAAGCGGCGCGACAUGACAGUGGAGAGCGACCUCUUUGUGGGGGGCAUCCCCCCGGACGUCCGCCUCUCGGCCCUCACCCUGAGCACUGUCAAGUACGAGAUGCCUUUCCGUGGAAUGGUGGCCAACCUCAAGGUGGGGGACAUGCCCCCUGCCCUCUUGGGAAGCCAGGGCAUCCGCAGCGACAUGGAGUACCUGUGUGCCAAACAGAACCCCUGCGUCAAUGGCGGGAUCUGUACUGUGGUCAACAGUGAAGUGCAAUGUGACUGCAGCCUCACCGGCUUCCAGGGCAAGUUUUGCAGUGAAGAAGAACUCACAAUGGAAGGUCCAGCUCACCUGACGUUAAACAGCCAAGUAGGGUCCCUACUGUACUCGGAAGGGGGGGCAGGGAGAGGAGCCAGUGAGGUGCACCAGACAUCAAAAGGGAAAGAGGAGUUUGUGGCCACGUUCAAGGGUAACGAAUUCUUCUGCUACGACCUGUCGCACAACCCCAUCCAGAGCAGCACGGAUGAGAUCACCCUGUCCUUCCGCACCUUGCAACGCAACGGCCUGAUGCUCCACACCGGGAAGUCGGCAGACUACGUCAACCUGUCACUCAAGAGCGGUGCUGUCUGGCUGGUCAUCAACUUGGGCUCGGGGGCUUUCGAGGCACUGGUGGAGCCCGUCAAUGGCAAGUUCAACGACAACAACUGGCAUGACAUCCGUGUGACUAGAAACCUGCGCCAGCACGCAGGAAUUGGACACGCUAUGGUAAACAAACUGCAUUACCUGGUGACCAUCUCCGUAGACGGGAUCCUUACCACGACCGGCUACACCCAAGAGGACUAUACCAUGCUGGGCUCGGACGACUUCUUCUACAUCGGAGGGAGCCCCAACACAGCAGACCUGCCGGGCUCACCUGUCAGCAACAAUUUCAUGGGAUGCCUUAAAGAUGUCGUCUACAAGAACAACGACUUCAAGUUGGAGUUGUCACGACUGGCCAAAGAAGGUGACCCCAAGAUGAAGAUCAACGGAGACCUUGUCUUCCGCUGUGAGAGUGUCGCGGCCCUCGACCCCGUGACCUUUGAGUCUCCAGAAGCCUACAUCUCACUACCCAAAUGGAACACCAAGAAGACCGGCUCCAUCUCCUUCGAUUUCCGCACCACAGAGCCCAAUGGGCUGCUGCUGUUCAGCCAUGGGCGACUGCAGCCGCCGAAGGAGGCUCGAUCGGAGCGCUUGCACAAGGCAGAUUACUUCGCCAUGGAGCUCCUCGACGGCUACCUCUACCUGCUGCUGGACAUGGGAUCUGGGGGCAUCAAGAUGCGAGCCAGCAGCAAGAAGGUGAACGAUGGCGAGUGGUGCCACGUGGACUUCCAGCGUGAUGGGCGCAAGGGCUCCAUCUCGGUGAACAGCCGCAGCACACCCUUCCUGGCCAGUGGGGAAAGCGAGAUCUUGGACCUGGACAGCGAGAUGUACCUGGGGGGGCUCCCUGAGAACCGCCUGGACCUCAUCUUGCCUCCAGAGGUGUGGACAGCCUUCCUCAACUACGGCUACGUGGGCUGUGUGCGCGACCUCUUCAUUGACGGCAAGAGCCGUGAUGUGCGCCGCCUGGCUGAAGUGCAGAGCGUCUCCGGUGUCUCCAGUUUCUGCUCCCGGGAGACCCUCAAGCAGUGCAGCAGUUCCCCUUGCCGCAACGGAGGCCUCUGCCGCGAAGGCUGGAACCGCUUCAUCUGCGACUGCGUGGGCACUGGCUACCUGGGCCGGUUGUGUGAGCGAGAGGCCACGGUGCUGAGCUACGACGGGAGCAUGUACAUGAAGAUCAUGCUACCGACAGUCAUGCACACGGAGGCUGAAGAUGUGUCCCUCCGCUUCAUGUCGCAGCGGGCCUAUGGCUUCAUGAUGGCCACCACCUCCAAGGAGUCGGCCGACACUCUCCGCCUGGAGCUCGAUGGGGGCCAGAUGAAGCUCACCGUCAACCUAGACUGUGUCAGGAUAGGCUGUAACCCCAGUAAAGGCCCCGAGACCCUUUUUGCUGGCCAGAAACUCAACGACAACGAAUGGCACACGGUCCGCGUGGUCAGGCGGGGAAAGAACUUGCAGCUCUCGGUGGACAACGUCACUGUGGAAGGGCAAAUGGCAGGGGCCCACACCCGCCUGGAAUUCCACAACAUCGAGACGGGCAUCAUGACGGAGCGGCGCUUCAUCUCGGUGGUGCCCUCCAACUUCAUCGGCCACCUGAGCAGCCUGGUCUUCAACGGCCUGCCCUACAUGGACUUGUGCAAGAACGGGGACAUCAGCUAUUGCGAGCUCAACGCCCGCUUCGGCCUCCGCAGCAUCAUCGCCGACCCGGUCACUUUCAAGAGCAAAGCCAGCUACCUGGCGCUGGCCACCCUCCAAGCCUACGCCUCCAUGCACCUCUUCUUCCAGUUCAAGACCACGGCCACCGACGGGCUCAUCCUCUUCAACAGCGGCAACGGCAACGACUUCAUUGUGGUGGAGCUCGUGAAGGGGUACAUCCAUUACGUCUUUGACCUGGGCAAUGGGCCUUCGCUGAUGAAGGGCAACUCGGAGAAGCCAGUCAAUGACAACCAGUGGCACAACGUCAUUGUCUCUCGUGACACCAACAACGUGCACACGCUGAAGAUCGACUCCCGCACCGUCACACAGCACUCCAAUGGCGCCCGCAACCUGGACCUCAAGGGGGAGCUGUACAUCGGAGGCCUCAGCAAAAACAUGUUCAACAACCUGCCUAAGCUGGUGGCCUCGCGGGAUGGCUUCCAGGGCUGCCUGGCCUCCGUGGACCUCAACGGCCGACUCCCAGACCUCAUCGCUGACGCCCUGCACCGGAUCGGGCAGGUUGAGAGGGGCUGUGAUGGUCCCAGCACCACCUGCACGGAGGAUUCCUGCGCCAACCAGGGCGUCUGCCUUCAGCAAUGGGACGGCUACACAUGUGAUUGCACCAUGACCUCGUAUGGUGGCCCAGUGUGCAAUGACCCUGGCACGACGUACAUUUUUGGGAAGGGCGGGGCGCUGAUCACGUACACGUGGCCUCCUAAUGACCGCCCCAGCACGCGGGCCGACCGGCUGGCCGUGGGCUUCAGCACGCAUCAGAAAAACGCCAUUCUGGUGCGGGUGGACAGCGCCUCUGGGCUCGGUGACUACUUACAGCUGCACAUAGACCAGGGCACAGUUGGGGUCAUAUUCAACGUGGGCACAGAUGACAUCACCAUCGAGGAGAGCAACGCCAUGGUGAACGACGGCAAGUACCACGUGGUGCGCUUCACCCGGAGCGGUGGCAAUGCAACGCUGCAGGUGGACAACUGGCCUGUUAAUGAGCGAUACCCCGCAGGGAACAGUGAUAAUGAACGCCUGGCGAUUGCUAGACAGAGAAUUCCGUAUCGGCUCGGUCGAGUAGUAGAUGAGUGGCUACUCGACAAAGGUCGCCAGCUGACAAUAUUUAACAGCCAGGCCGCCAUCAAGAUUGGAGGGCGGGACCAAGGUCGCCCCUUCCAGGGCCAGAUCUCAGGCCUCUACUACAAUGGGCUCAAGGUGCUGUCCCUGGCUGCUGAGAGCGACCCCAACGUGAAGGUGGAGGGGAAUUUGCGGCUGGUGGGCGAGGUGCCGUCUGUCAUGACCACGGAAACCACAGCCACCACCCUGCUGGCUGACAUGUCCACCACCAUCAUGGAGACCACCACCACCAUGGCCACAACUACAACGCGGCGCGGCCGUUCUCCCACCAUGCGUGACAGCAUCACCCAGAACACGGAUGACCUCUUGGUGGCUUCGGCUGAGUGCCCCAGUGACGACGAAGACCUGGAGGAGUGUGAGCCGAGCACGGGAGGUGAAUUAGUAUUACCCAUAAUAACCGAAGACUCACUAGACACCCCUCCAAUUGCCACCCGGUCUCCAUUCGUCCCCCCACCUCCCACCUUUGGCCCCUUCCUAACCGUAGUCGAAACCACCAAAGACACCCUUUCCCCGCCAUCCCAUCCAAGGCCCCCCUGCUUGGCCGACCAAGACGACAGCGACUGCGAAGAGGGGAUUGAGGCCUCCGGUUACGCCUCAGGCGAGGUCUUCGACUCCAGCCUGCCCCCUACUGACGACGAAGAUUUUUACACCACUUUCCCCCUGGUCACGGAUAGGACCCUAAUUGGCCGACCCGAAGGAGCAUCCAAAAAGGCCCAAGGAUCUCGCCCCAACCUUAGGACAGGACUGCCGGCUUCACCCUCCGUCCCUGAUCUCUUGACCUCCACCACCUCUCCCAGUCUGGUCCGUAACAUCCCCGCCGGCAAAAUGAACAACCGGGAAUCCCUCAAACCCCACCCAGAACAGUACCCCCCACUGUCCACCUCUUUUGAACCUGACAAGCUAAACAGGCUUAAAUACCCAGGUAUAACCUCUUCCCCCAAUUUCCACAAUCUGCCCACAGCUAACCCCACCGGCCCCGGUGAAAGGGGCCCUCCAGGAGCAGUGGAGGUCAUCCGGGAGUCCAGCAGCACCACUGGCAUGGUGGUCGGCAUCGUGGCGGCAGCGGCCCUCUGCAUCCUCAUCCUCCUCUAUGCCAUGUACAAAUACCGUAACCGGGAUGAAGGUUCUUACCAGGUGGACCAAAGCCGGAACUACAUCAGUAACUCGGCGCAGAGCAAUGGCACAGUGGUUAAGGAAAAGCCAGCCGCUGCCACCAAAACGCCCGGCAAGAGCAAGAAAAACAAAGACAAGGAAUAUUAUGUCUGAGUUUCCCCUGGUCCCCCAAUCCCUGCGUGAGCCAGAGAGACCAACACCCAACUGACACACGCAGUGAAACCACCCAGACCUACACACCCCCAGACUUUCUGGAGAGGAGACCACCCAAACUCAUCCUUUCCCUCCCUCAUCAGAGAGCGACCAACCAGUGGCACCCCUAACAUGGCAACCUCCAUCCACUUUGGUUUGCUCAUUCCUGUUUUUCUUUAAAUCCCCCCUCCUCCC